UUAACCAUUACCUUGCUGAACGUCGAAGGAGAAGCACCGCACACAAACGCUCUACCAAAUCAUUUAACCAACUCGUUCUUGUUGUUGUUUGGAGUUUGGACUCGAUUUUUUUCACAUAGUCCAAGACCACCACUUACUACUUACAACUUCUCUGUUUACUUCUGGUGCUUCUUUAAGAAGGGAACGCGUAUAACGAUUCCCUCCUCAGUUCCAGUCUGGCUUCAUUGUUGAAACGAUUGUUCUCCUGAACAGUGUUCGUGUACCUGUCUCUGUGUUACGUACAUACUGCAAGAGCUUAUAAGCAGGAAAUCUAACAAGUGUGUCUCACAUUUUUAUACGUUUUGAGAAGAAAAACAUUGCCUUUGGAAUUAUCGUUAUUAUAACCCUAAACGAAAUUAUAAUUUGGAAUUUUGGAUCUCUUUUUAAUAAACUGAGAGAGCAACAGACGGACAACGACGACGAGGACGCCGUUUCUUCUGCCCCAUCACGAACCAAGUCCACGCCAGUCUCACCUUGUUGCGUCUUGUUGGAUCACGUCAAAGGAAGAAAAAAAACCUACCUGAGGACGAGGGGAACAACAACAACUGCAACCUCCUGGUUUCUGAAUCCUAUUGGAGAAAAGGAAGAAAUCUUAACAAAAAGAAAGGUCUAGAGGAUCCGAGCGACAAUUGAGAUCAGGGACAAAAAAUCGCGUCCUUUCAAUUCUUCUUCGCCUGCUAUUGCUUUCUGAUCCUUGGAGAAAAGGAUGCCGGGGAAGCAAGACUAUUUUCCAUUGAAUCUGAACAACAUGAACGGAGGACUUGGAUUCUACGGAGAAGUUGGCCCAAUUUUGAUCCCACACAGACAUAGUGGCAAGUUUGAUGCUAAUGUUGUGCAUCACGGAAGCCCAAUCGCCAUGGCCCUUCACAAUAGCCCAGUAAAUGCAACCUUUCUCUCAGAAAACUUGAUGUCCGAGUACAUCAACAUGAACGUGAACAGCCUGCCCCCAGUGAACAGUGAGGAUGAGGAGGAAGAAGAGGAGGAGGAGGACGAUGACAUUGUGUCCCAAUCCGGUUCAGAAUCCGUCUCCGUUCAGGGUUCGGAUUUGGACUUGGAUGUUGAAGUUAUGGAUGACGUGGACUCACUUGUUCUCAAUAUUCAAGACAAAUUGAGAAUGGCAGCUCCCCAGUACAGAACGAGUCACUCUGCCAGCGACUACUGCUGGACGGAUUCCCCCAGUGCCACUAGUACUCCUAACUCUAUUCAUAGUACUGCUAGCAAUACAGACAAUGAUCUUCUCAUUCUUCCACAACAACGUUCCUCAUGCACCACUUCCACAAAUAAGAGCAGCAGUGGUCAGCGAAAGCGUCGUACCUCCAUGAAUCGCUCUUGGCGUCACUCCCACCCCAACGCCAACAACAGUUAUUACCGUCAGUUUCACCAGUCGGGUAACAUUUCAAAGUCCAAAAAGUCUGCCACUUAUCAAAACCAAUGGUGGUCGUCGCGGUCGUUUGGGGAUUUGUCGAAGCAAUCUAAUCGUUCCAAAGAAGCGUAUCAUCUCCUCCAAGAACUCCUCCAGUCGGGCGGACUCAUAAAAGAGGCUGUGCGACGUCUCAAUAGGAAAUGUUUUAACUCUUCUAAUAGUGGCAACACAAUUGGAAGUGGUAGCAGUAGUAGUAAUAAUACCGGUAGUACCAAUAAUAGCCAGGACCCCGUUGCCCCAAGUAAUUCUACUGCUAGCCUAGUUGUCUCAACAUCAAAAUAUAGUUAUAGUAGUAUGGAGGAUGAUUCAGAUAACCCUUUUCAUCAGCAUCACCACUCAUUCGCCCCUUGUAACUAAGUUAAUUAUUAACUAAUUUAAUUUAUUCUCGUUAACCGCCGCCGCCUCCGAGGGGCAGUUGUACUUGUAAAUUAACAAAUCUUGAAGGAUCUCUGUCACUUACUGUAAGUAGUGAGUUAACGCUAAUUAACACAAGAAAAGAGGGAAAGAGAGAGUCAAUGCAGUAAUUACCGUUAUAUAAUAUAUAUUAUGCAUAUAUAAAGAAUGAAAUUAAUUAUUAUUAUGUCAAAAGAAUCAACCGUCAGAUUGUUUGUAUUAUGUACCUAUGUUCAAAAGAGACUUAGUAAAAACCGUAUCCAUUUUACAAAGCAUGAAA